AUGGACGAGGACUUCUCCUCCCAGAUGAAGAAGAUGGCCAUGGUCAUGGGCACAUCCCUGUCGGACAAGGACAUAGACCUGCUGCCCACCGACAUGAGGCACCAUGGCUCCUUCAACUACAUCAAGUUCUUUGAGUACAUGCAGAAGUUCCAGGCCUCGGGGCAGCAGAAGAGUGUCAUCCGCAAGGCCUUCCAGGCCCUGGACAAAGACAAGAGCGGCUUCAUCGAGUGGAAUGAGAUCAAGUACAUCCUGCGCAUCAUCCCCAGCAGCGGGCCCACCACCCCACUGACGGACGAGGAGGCUGAGGUCGUGAUCCAAGCAGCCGACACGGAUGGGGACAGGAAGAUUGACUUCGAAGAAUUUUCUGAAUUGAUCAAAAAGGAGAAAAUUGCAAAGAAGUAG